AUGGAAGAACGUAGAUUGCCACCUCAUUUAAGAAGAACUCAAUAGUAAUAGCCAAUCAAUCGAGAACCUGAAUAACCUAUAUAAUAGCCUCCUGUGCAAUAAAGAUAAGCAAAUGCAUACUAAUAGCCAUAACAAGAUAAUCAUUAAUAAUAAUACAAUGCAUAAUAAUAAUAACAUGCAGGUCAAUAAUAAUACCAACAAUAACAACCACAUUAACCUUAAUAAAUAUUUCCCCAAUAAUAGGUAGAGUAGUAGCGAAAACCAUCAAAAAUAGAUGUCAGAGGAAUCUAUCCUGUAUUAAUAAGGUUCUCAACAGCUCCUGCCCCUUUAUAUCACCCUCCUUCUGUGCAUCAAUUUUAUUAGACUUUUGAUGAAGGAAAUUGCGGUCCUAGAUAUAUGAGAAGUUCAGUAUAUGCAAUAGGAAAUGAGCCCUCUAUUCUACAAUAAACAGAGAUUCCAUUUGGUAUCGUUGUUUAGCCACUAAUGGAACCAUCUCUUUUUGAAUCAGAAUUGCCUUAAGUAGAAUUUACGAGUGAACCAUUGCGUUGCUAGAGAUGUAAAGCAUAUGUUAGUCCUUACUUUUAAUUUGGUUAAGGAGGUAAUAUCUAUGUGUGCAACAUUUGUAAAAUGAAGAAUUAGGUGCCACCUGAUUAUUAUUGUGUGUUGGGUUAGGGAAACUAAAGAGGUGAUAAAUUUUAAAGAGAUGAGUUAAAUAAAGGUUGUUAUGAAAUUAUAGCCCCUACUAGUUAUAUAAAAAAGGAGAUUAAGAACACUUUGAUAUUGUUCUGUAUAGAGUUGACUCAAAUAUCAGUGGCUAAGGGUUUGUACUCCUAAGUGAUUUCCUCUCUUCAAUCAAUUUUGGAUACCAUUCCAUAUCCAGAUAAAACAGACGUUGCAUUUAUAACAUUUGAUUCAAAAAUUUUUAAUUUUAUAACAUUCCUAAAACCUUAACUGGAGAACCUUAAAUAAUAGUAGUUAGUGAAAUUGAUGAAGCUAAUGUGCCACUUCCACCAGAGAAGCUAUUCCUUAAACAUAGAGAAUGACAGAGAUAAAAUUGAUUAUAUGUUAGAGAAGCUCAGUAAGUUUGGGGAAACCAUUACUCAAUAGGCAAAUUAACUUGUUUCUGUUGGAACAGUGUUAUCAAAUGCAGUCUAAUUGAUGUAACCCAGAAGUGGACGUAUAUUGUAUUUUGGAUGUUCAGCACCGAGAUAUGGAAUAGGCAAACUACCAUAAAAACCAACUGACACUAAAUUAUUCGGUACUGAUUAAGAGAAUUAGGACAAACAUGUCUCAGGAAUCACAUCUCAGUUGACUUAUUUGUAGCGAACGAUGAAAAUUUUGAAUUAGCUACUGUCUCUCCAGUUUCAAAUUUAACUGGGGGCAGCAUUUAUUUUUACCCUCAUUACAACUAAUAAAUUAAUGGAACAGAAUUACAUUAUGCAUUUAUAUAGGAACCUUACAAGGUCUUAUGCUUAUGAUCUCAUCAUGACUGUCAGAACUUCUCCAGGAAUUAUAUUGUUUGAUUAUUAUACUGGAGGUGGAAAAAUAUCUGUUAGAGAUUUGGAAUUGUCUACUCUAAAUUCAGAUCAAUCCAUUGCUAUUAUGUUGAAGUAAGAGGAAAAGAUAUUGGAUCCUGAAGCCUAUAUCUAAUAUGCAUUAUUAAUUCACUAAUUAAUAAGGACAGAGAAUUGUUAAUAAAAACAGUGGAAACAAUGCAUGGCACAACAUUUUCAAAACUGGAGAUGUCGAUUGCAUUGCUACCUUACUAAGCAGGAAGAAUCUACCAAACAUCAUGGUUCAACCGAUUAAGCAAAUUAGACAAACUCUAUUCGAGUCAGUUGUCAAUAUCUUACAUGCUUAUCGAAAAUAUUGCUCGAGCAAUAGUCCUUCAGGAUAGCUGAUUUUACCAGAAGCCAUUAAGAUCUUACCUCUUUAUUUAUGAACUCUAUCAAAGCAAUAGAUAAUAGAAUCUUUGAAAUUCAUUUAGUUUUGACUCAAUCAAUGCAUUUUCUAAAUAAUUUCUUUUAUCCUAAACUGUUCCCAAUUCAUGACAUUAAUAAUUAACUUGUGGCUGACAAAUAUUAUGUGGGUACUAUGACUGACGAAGAAAAGACAGCAUUGCCACACAAUAUUGCCACCACAAUCGAUAAAAUAAAAUCAGACGGAAUUUACCUCUUAGAUACAAGCUAAUUCAUAUAUAUUUAUGUCGGAUAGAAUGCAGAUUAAUAAUUAUUAUAGAAUCUAUUUGGAGUGAACUCUUUUGCAGAACUAAACUCGAUAGAAUUAUUUACAAAAGUUGAGACUGAUUACAGCACCAAAGUCUAAGAUAUCAUCGAAUCAUUACAGUAGAUCAGAGGUGGCACUUAUGUUCCUGUAAGAGUUGUUCGCUAGAAUUCUCCAUAGGCUUCUUUAGUACAAUCAAAAUUGGUUGAGGACGAAUAGCAACUUGAAAGAUCAUAUGCUGACUAUCUUUGUGAAUUGCAUGGAGCUAUCUAAGAUAAAGGAGGUGUGUGA